CGGUACGACUUACCAGAGUGUUCGUUUGUGUAAAAGCGCGCUGAAAGGAAGAUAUAGCUUAAUUCUAAUAACAGAGACGUUCAGUUGUUGCAAAAUGCUGUGGCGAGCAUUUUUUGCUAGUGCUUUGCUGAUAUUGGCAGUGAAGGCAGACCUGUAUAGCGAUUUAAGUUUCUUCCACAACCCCGAUUCCUGGAUCUAUGAAACACCUCGCUUCGAAUCCAGAAGCGCCGGCGCACCGGAAAAAGACAGGGAGCCUUUGGCUCCGGACUACAAGGAUCCCGUACCAUCUGCGACCGAGCAAAAGCCAGUGCUGAACCCGAAGGAAACCAAAGAGAAACAUCCGGUCAAUCCCGUAAUCCCAGGGGGUGUCAUAGACGUAGACGCUAACGGGGGAUUCCCCUCCUUCUCUAGCCCUUUCGGCCCGGAGUUUGAUUUUCCCGGACUGGGCGGCAAGCAGGGAGGAGUGCUCGGAUUCGGCGGACUGUUCGGGAUCGACGACAGCAAUAGCUGGUGGAAGGGAAAAAACGUUUGCAUAGAGAGGGAAGAGAGUACGGACGAUGAUAACGACGACAAAGAUGAGUCGCCUGAAAUCGAAAAGAAGAAUAACUCGGAAGUCACCACCCACAGGGAACCCAACUUCUUCUCCACGUCGAUACGCCUCUCCAACUGCUUUGAGUCGGAAAACAAAUACGAGUGCACCACGAAAAUAAACAACCAUGGCGUGGUCAAAACCUUCACGGUCCGCUACAAGUGUUGUUAUGGGUUCAAAAGAUUGCCCGAUUCCAACGGAUGUACCAAACAGGUGGACCUGAAACCAAUUCUGCAAACUUUGGAAGACUUGAAGCUUGACGAAUUCCGAAAUCUGAUCCGCUCGAGCAACUUGGACGGCAAAUUUGAAGAAGGAAACUUCACCCUAUUCGUACCGAGCGACGACGCCGUUCAUGAUUACAGCGAAAAAAUCAACGAAGUGAACAACGUGGAAAUGGCACGGAGACGCAGAGCCGUCAGCAACGCCCUCUCCUCUAAGGAUUUGGUACUGAGUCAUUCGAGUGAAGGUUUCAUUGAACUGACUGACUUGGACAACGAACAGCUCCUUGAAAGCGAGGACGGUCAGAAGAGUCCGAUACGGAUCAACAUUUACCCGACACACAGCUACGAGAAAAUGCUGACGGCAAACUGCGCUAGAGUGAAAAAGGGCAAUAUUUUGGCAGACAACGGCAUAGUUCAUAUAUUGGAUCGCGUCGUUCCUCCGGCUAGCGAAGAUUUGUUGAAAAUCAUCGGCAGUCAUCCAAAACUGACCUUCCUCAGACAAAUCCUGGAAAAGACGGAUAUCCCCACACGGUUGAAGCCAGACGGCCACUAUACAAUUUUUGCGCCAACAGACGAUGCUUUCAAUAAGGUCGAUGAAAAUCAAAGGCAGAAGUUCCUCAACGGUGGAGGUUGCGCAUCGAAUAUCUUGAAACACCACAUCGUAGCUCACACGGUAUGCUCCACUGCUAUAAUCGGGAACGCGACUACCCACAACGUUGAAGGUUCCGUCUUAAAUAUGGAAAGGACCAUGGACGAUGAGCUGAUCUUCGAAGGAAAGGCCAAAAUUAUUGAAUCCGACGUGAUUGGCACCAACGGGGUGAUUCAUCUGAUCGAUAACCUCAUCGUUCCAGAAUCAGGCCAGUAUAUCGAGAACGUCCUCAAAGCGCACAACUUCUCCAAAUUCCAAGAGCUGGUCGAAAAGGCCGGAUUAACAGAGGAACUUAAUGAUUUGGAGAACGGUACCGUAUUCGUCCCGUUCAACAAAGCCUUCGAAAACCCGGAAGCGCAGAAACUGCUGGAGGAAAUAGGCAACGACCAGGAAAAGCUCAAAGAUUUGGUCAGGUAUCACGCAGUUGAAGGCCAGAUGGCGUCGUGCGAUAUGAAAAACAAUCUCAAGCUGGCCACCAGAGAUAACGGCAAGGAGCUUCGACUCAACCUAUACUCAACGCUACCGCUAUUCACCAACGUGAUCAACAGAGCAACAAUCAACUGCGCGAGGAUGAUCGGUUUCGAUGAGAAAACAUGCGGUUCUAUGGUGCAUGAAGUCAACCAAGUGCUGAUACCGCCCACCAAAACGAUUUACGAGUUGAUUAGCGACGACGAGAGGUACUCAACUUUGAGGCAACUGCUGCAAGGUACUGAAGUCGAAACGAUUCUUCGAGAAGAUAAUCGCUCGAUCACGUUCUUGGCACCCACCGACGAGACGUUCGCCGCGUUGGACGAGGACGACAGGAAGCAAUUAUUGGAGAAUAAGGAAAAGGCGGAGGAAGUUUUGAAAACUCACGUUCUUACAGAGGUCCUCUGUUGUUCUGGCGUGGGUCCGAAUACGUGGGGUUUCAACAGCUUCAUCCCCACUCUGGGUUCGCAGAAAGUCGAAGUCGGUAGGAUGGGAAGCCAAGUGCGCAUAAACAGGGCUGUGGUGACGAGCUGCGACAAUUUAGCCACAAACGGUGUGCUGCACACCAUCAACAAAGUGCUGGCACCCAAAAAGACGUCCACCAUCUCUACAAUCGGUGGAGGGUUCUUCUUAUUCGACCUCUAAAACGAGGCCCGAGAGUGAUAUUCAAAGUGUGACUGACUUUUUGUACUUUUUAUUCGUUAUACAUUUAGGUCUUACGUAGUCGAUAGAACAGAGUUUGCUAUUAUUUAUUGAUGUUUAUGAUUUAUUUUGUAGCGAUUAGUGAGAAUUAAAUUAAAUUUCGUAA